GGGGAGCCGGCCAGGAUGUAACCUCGGACGGAGCCCGCCAGCCCCGGCCAGGAUUGGGGGUUCCCAGCGCUGCUGGAGGGGAGCUCCUGGCCGGGCUGAAGCAGGGAAGCUGAUGACUGGGACAAUGGAAGGUCCUAGAUGGUGGGCCCCCAGGCCCGGUCCGCGACCUCAGGAGGAGCCCACGGGGCCGGCCCCCGCCCCGACGCCAUGAAGGGUUACCAUGGCAACCUCACCAGCCAAGCCCCCUACCACUGCCUCCCGGAGGACCGCAGCCGGCUCCUGGACUUCGGGCCCGUCGGGCCGGCCCCCCGCCCCCUGUACCGCCUUGGCUCCUCCGAGCCCUGCUCCCUGGACCACCUCUACUAUUCCUCCCGGGCCGGGGUCCGCCUAGCCCCCGGGGGCGGCCCGAGCAUCUCCGAGCCGAGCGAGGCGGCGGGGGGCGGCGGCGGCGGCGGCGGCGGCGGGGGGCCGGCCAGCAGCACCUUCCCCAGGACGCAGCACGGCCCGGGCCCCUACGACGCCUGCGACGACUGCAUGGCCCUGGCCGCGGCCCACCAGCCGGGCAAGAUCGCCCGCCUCCCCCCGACCCUGCUGGACCAGUUCGAGAAGCAGCUGCCCCUGCAGCCCGACGGCUUCCACACCCUCCAGUACCAGCGGGCCGGGGGCCCCGGGGGGGGCGGGGGGCCCGGCGCCGGCGGCGGCGGCGGCGGCGCCCCCGAGGCCCGGAGCGAGAGCCCCAGCCGGAUCCGGCACCUGGUCCACUCGGUCCAGAGGCUGUUCGCCAAGUCGCACUCGCUGGAGGCCCCCGCCAAGCGGGAGUUCAACGGGACCAAGGCGGAGGGCCGGGCCGGGGCCGGGGCCGGGGCCGGGGCCGCCGACGGCUACCACCACCACCACCACCACCAUCACCAUCACCACCACCACCAGUCCCGCCACGGCAAACGCAGCAAGAGCAAAGACCGCAAGCCGGAGGGCCGGCACCGGCCCAAGAUGAUGGGCUGGUGGAGCUCCGACGACAACCUGGACAGCGACAGCGGCUACCUGCUGGCCGGGCGGCCCGGGGCCGAGCCCGGGGGCCCGCCCUUCUGCCUGGACCCGCCCGACAGUGCCUUCCGAGACCUGACCCUGAAGAGUCUCAAGGGCGGGGGCGGCGAGGGCCGCUGCCUGGCUUGCGCCGGGAUGUCCCUGUCCCUGGACGGCCAGACCGUCAAACGGAGCUCCUGGCACUCCCUGACCGUCAGCCAGGCCCGGGAGGCCUACCCCGGGGCCGGGGCCGAGCCGGACAAGCCCCUCGGCCUGCCGGACACCAAGACCAAGGACGGGGCUUAUCACUACCUUCAGGUGCCGCAAGACGACUGGAGCGGGUACCCGGCUGGGGGCAGGGAUGGGGAGAUUCCGUGCCGCAGGAUGCGGAGCGGCAGCUACAUCAAGGCCAUGGGGGACGAGGACAGCGGGGACUCGGACGGCACCCUCAGGAUGUCCCCCAAGGGGGUCUCCCGUCGUCAUGCCUACCGCCGCUCCUCCAGUGUGGACCAGGCUCGCAUCAACCUCGUACCUCCCAGGAUCCACGCCCGAGCCCCCGGCUACGGGCGUUCGCUCACCACAGGCCAGAUCAGCGAGGAGCUGAGCCAGCAGUUCGAGGCGGUGUGCGAGUCCGUGUUCGGGGAGAUGGAGUCGCAGGCGGUGGACGCCCUGGACCUGCCCGGCUGCUUCCGCAUGCGCAGUCACAGCUACCUCCGCGCCAUCCAGGCCGGCUGCUCGCAGGACGACGACUGCCUCCCCCUCUUCGCCGCGGGGCCCAGCACCACACUCAAGCCCAGCACCUCCUUCCGGUACCGCAAAGCCCCACCUCCCCCGGUCCCGGUGGGCCCCCAGCCCACGCCUCGCAUCUCCAUCACUGCCCAGAGCAGCACCGACUCCACGCCCGAGAGCUACCCGCCCCCAGAAGGCCCCGGCCUGGGCCCCACCUGGCCCCAGGAGCCCCCCGCUGGCCGCUGCAGCUCCGCCGACAACCUGGACAAUGCCAAGGGCUCGGCUGUGACCCUGGACCUUGGGGCCGUCCAGUCCCGGGCUUCCCCAAAGCCCCCCACCCUCAUCAUCAAGACCAUCCCCGGGCGGGAGGAACUCCGGAGUCUGGCAAGGCAGAGGAAAUGGCGGCCGUCCAUAGGUGUCCAGGUGGAGACGAUCUCAGAUUCGGAUACGGAAAGCAGGAGCCGGAGAGAGUUCCACUCUAUCGGGGUGCAGGUGGAAGAUGAUAAGAGGCGGGCGCGGUUUAAGCGCUCCAACAGCGUGACGGCGGGGGUGCAGGCGGACCUGGAGCUGGAAGGGCCGGCGGGGCUGCCCGGGCUGUCCGUGGCCACGGCCGACAAGGCGCUGCAGUUCGGCCGCCCUUUCCAGCGGCACGCCUCCGAGCCCCAGCCCGCCCGCCCCCACUCCGUCUACAAGACCGUCCACACGCAGGGCCAGUGGGCCUACCGGGAGGGCUACCAGCUGGGCUACGAGCAGCCCGGCGGGGCGGCCCCUAUGACCCCGCUGACCCCGCUGACCCCGCUGGCCCCGCUGGCCCCGCCGCCGCCGCGCCGGGACUCCUGGAUGGAGCGGGGGUCCCGGAGCCUCCCGGAUUCGGGCCGGGCCUCCCCCUGCCCCCGCGACGGCGAGUGGUUCGUCAAGCUCCUGCAGGCCGAGGUGGACAAGAUGGAGAGCUGGUGCCAACAGAUGGAGCGGGAGGCCGAGGACUACGACCUGCCCGAGGAGAUCCUGGAGAAGAUCCGUAGCGCCGUGGGUAGCGCACAACUCCUCAUGUCUCAGAAGAUGCAGCAGUUCUUCCGCCUGUGCCAGCAAAACAUGGACCCCAGCUCGUUCCCCACGCCCACGUUCCAGGAUCUGGCCGGCUUCUGGGACCUGCUGCAGCUGUCUGUCCAGGACGUCAGCCUCAAGUUCAUGGAGCUGCAGCAGCUUAAGGCCAACAGCUGGAAGCUCCUGGAGCCCAAGGAGGAGGGGAAGGCGCCUCCGCCGAUACCAAAGAAGCCGCCCCCGCGGGGGCGCGUGGCCCCGGUGAAGGAGCGCUCCCUGGACUCGGUGGACCGGCAGCGGCAGGAGGCCCGCAAGAGGCUCCUGGCGGCCAAGCGGGCCGCCUCCUUCCGCCAGAGCUCGGCCACCGAGAGCGCCGACAGCAUCGAGAUCUACAUCCCCGAGGCCCAGACCAGACUGUGACCCCGCCCCCGGGGCCCGGGGCCCGAGACCCCCGAGACCCCCGAGACCCCCGAGACCCGAGGCCACACCCCGAUGAGACCCGAGGCCGCUCCCCCCGAGGAGGACCGAGGCCGCGCCCCCAACCCUUGAGAUCCCGCCCCCCGAGCCAAGAGGCCCCGGCUCCCCCCCUCGGUCCAUGGCUCCGCCCCCUCGCCCCGCUGCCCCUCGAGCCCCGGCCCCGCUCCGCCCCGCGGCCCCUCGGUUUUCUAUCGGUGCUGUCCACGCAGCGCGCAGAGGUCACUGUGAUCCCCGGGCGGGGAGCCCUCCCACCGCUCCCCCGGAGCCGCCGCCCCUCCGUGUGCCCCCCGGGGGGGCCCGGGGCCCCGCCCCUUCAGGUCUCUCAGGGGGCGCUGCAGGCCCCGACCCCAAUCUUGCAUUCCCCCCCCCCCCCCCAACGGUUGUCCCGGUUUUUCACUUUCCAGGAAGAGACUUCCCAGAGCAAACGGUUCCCCUUCGCCCCCUGCCCCCUCCGCCCUCCUCCGCCCCCCACUGCUUUCUUCUGCACACAAGGCUGAGACCCCCCUCCCCUCUCCUCCUCCUCCUCACCCCCACUGGGGCCCUGCCCCCGUCUGCCUGCCCUUCUCUCAUGUCCCUCCCCCCGCUGGGCCGGGACCCCCUCCCUGGACCCUCCCUCCCUGCCCCGCGCCCCCGGUUGGGCUUUGUGGUGACCGGGCUCUGACGCUUUUAACUUCCCCUUUUUAUGAAGAAACCCAGGCGUCGGCUGCCUGUCCCGGGGCCGGGGAGAGGGGCCGGGGGACCCCCACCCCCGGACAUCCAUCCACUCCAAUGUGCCAGGGGGCCCCGCCUCCCCUUGGCCCCUCUGCCCGUCCCCCGGGGGCUGGCGGGACCGUACCAGUCUGGGCUGUCACACCUCCUCGCGGGGGGCAAGAAUGGGGACGGGGUCCCACGCCCGCGCCCCUCCUGCCCCUCGGACCCCACCCCCCCGUUGGCACCCCUGAGAUGAUCAGGAGAAAUAAAGCAGCAGAACUGCA